GUUUCAAUGGUGGGGGAAGAGUGGGGGUGCCCAAGUAGGGGAUGUUUUUUUAGAGAUACAAGAACGCCCACCUCACGUGCAACAGGUUGUGGAAAACAGGAUAGGAGGAGAACGCUGAGAAGUCACGUGCGCUCCUCUCUGUCGCCUCUUUCUACGCUUCAUUGGCAACUGGUGCUCUUUCCUCCAAGGCUACAGCAGCGUUUAUUUGUCGGCUUUUGUCCACAAGCGUCUCUGACGAAAUUUUCAGGUCACGCUUGAUUCACUGCAGUUGAGUGCAAGAAACAGUCAUGGCUCAAUCGGGGCAGCUAGCCAUUCUCAGCGUGUCUGACAAGUGCGGCCUUGUUACUUUUGCUACGAAGCUGCAGGCGCUGGGACUAAAACUGGUGGCCUCUGGAGGAACGGCCAAAGAGUUGAGCGCGGCCGGUUUGGCCGUCACUGAAGUGGCCGCCAUCACUGGAGCAAGCGAGAUGCUCGGGGGUCGGGUCAAAACCCUCCACCCUGCCGUCCAUGGAGGAAUCCUGGCUCGCACCAUCCCGUCCGAUCUGGAGGACUUAGCCAAGAACAACAUUGAGUUGGUCCGGGUGGUUGCCUGCAACUUGUACCCCUUCACUCAAACUGUGGCCAAGCCGGACAUCACCAUUCCCGAUGCUGUGGAGAACAUUGACAUUGGCGGAGUCACUCUCUUGCGCGCGGCCGCUAAAAACCAUGACAGAGUUACCGUCGUGUGCGACUCCGACGACUACGACAAAAUCGUCACAGAGAUGGAGAAAAGCGCCAGCAAGGACACCUCUCUGGAAACAAGGCGCUCGUUGGCCCUCAAAGCCUUUACUCACACCGCUGACUAUGACGUGGCCAUCUCCGACUUUUUCCGUCGUCAGAGUUUCUCUGCUGAUGGACCCAGCCAGAUAACUCUGCGCUAUGGAAUGAAUCCCCACCAGAAACCGGCUCAGCUCUUCACCACUGGCCCAAAACUACCUCUCUCAGUUGUAAACGGGUCGCCUGGCUACAUCAACUUGUGUGACGCCCUGAAUGCCUGGCAGCUUGUGCGCGAGCUGGAUGCGUCCCUGGAUUUGCCGGCCGCCACUUCCUUCAAGCAUGUCAGCCCUGCUGGAGCAGCUGUAGCUGUUCCUCUUUCUCUUGAGCAGGCCAAGCUUUGCCAAGUGGACGACAUUUUGGAUUCACUGACUCCUCUUGCAACUGCCUAUGCCAGGGCUAGAGGUGCUGACCGUAUGUCCUCCUUUGGUGAUUUUGUGGCCCUCUCGAGACCGUGCGACCUUCCGACUGCAAAGAUCAUCUCCAGAGAGGUUUCAGAUGGAAUCAUUGCUCCUGGCUACCUUCCUGAAGCUUUGGAAGUCCUGAAGAAGAAAAAGGGCGGCAGCUACUGCGUCCUCCAGAUCGACCCCACUUACGAGCCAGCUCUCAUCGAACGCAAGGUUCUGUUCGGUCUGACCUUGGAGCAGAGACGCAACGAUGCGGUGAUUGACAAGAAUCUCUUUGUGAACAUUGUCAGCAAAAAGAAGGAUCUGCCUGCUGAAGCAAUUAGGGAUCUCACCGUUGCUCUGAUUGCUUUGAAAUAUACCCAGUCCAACUCUGUCUGCUUUGCCAAGGACGGUCAAGUCAUUGGUGUUGGCGCCGGUCAGCAGUCCAGAAUUCACUGCACCAGACUUGCUGCUGAGAAAGCCGACAACUGGUGGCUUCGUCUUCACCCUAAGGUACAGGGCUUGAAAUUUAAGCCUGGAACAAAGCGAGCUGAAAUUGCGAAUGCCAUCGACAACUAUGUUGGUGCCACUGCUGAUAAGGGCUGGGUUUCUUUCAUUGACGGGCCAGCUCCUGAAGACCUUUCUGCUGAGGAGAGGAAGAAGUGGGCUGCUUCUCUCACUGGAGUCAGCCUUGGAUCUGAUGCUUUCUUUCCUUUCUCUGAUAACAUUAAUCGUGCCAAACUGAGCGGCACCUCAUACAUUGCAAGCCCCUCUGGAUCCAAUAAUGAUGAUGCUGUCAUUGCUGCUUGUGAUUCUCAGGACAUCACUCUGGUCCACACCAAUCUGCGCCUGUUCCAUCAUUAAUCAAUGGAAAAGCCUUGAUCGUGCCAUAUCAAUAACUUGCCAGUAAAAUGCUCAAAAUCAAAUGGUGGAGGUUUUUUCAAAUGAGAUGUCAUUAUUUUGAAAUCAUUUUGGCCAGUGCCAGCCAGUGUAAUCUCAAUAAAUUUUGUAUUCAGGUUUUCAUAUUGCAACCAUAAA